AAUAGGUCCCUAACCUUUUUUUUUUUGCGAAUAUUUUCGUCCUCAAGAAAGGAAAAAUACAUUCAAGUCCCUCAUCCCCGAAAAACGUGGACAUUUCAACCCUUCCGUUUAAUUCAGGCAUUUGGGCUGGACGGAAAACGCUGACCUGGCAGAGGUGGAGCUGACCUGGCCGUUAUGGAGCUCACGAGGCAGGGAGCUUUUCGAAACAGGACACAUAAGUUUUCGGAGACAAAAACGACGCCGUUUCGUUAUCUCCCCCAAUCUUUCAAAUUUUUCUGCCCUAAUCCCUCGUCUGCACAGAAUCGGCGAAGUGGGUGUUAUGAGGAGUGGAGGAAGAAAGAAAAUUCUUCCUUCCAUGGCAUCUGAAGGAGUAUCAUCAAGAUGGAGAAGAAGUGGAAUCUGUGUUUUGUAUGAGUGAUGAAGACUAGGGUGUGUUGGAAUCUGUGUUGGGUGCAGAAGCUGUUGCAUACUUUGUUUCUGCGGUUUCCAAUAAUUUCUUCUCCAGCGUGGUUGCUUCUGCUUUGGCUUUGGCCAGAACUGAUGCUGGCCUCCGGCGGCGGCUGUGCCAGGUUCUAGAGGGUUCCAAGUGGAAUUAUGCUAUUUUUUGGCAGGUUGUUGGGCUAAAAUCUGGUGGCUUCGCCUUGAUUUGGGGCGACGGCCAAUGCUGCGAUCCCAAAGGGGGGGGGGAGCUGGCGAGGGAGGAUCUGAAGGGAAUUGGAGUGGAGUUAGUAAGGGUGAUAAAGAGGAGCUGCGAAAGAAGGUGCUGCAGAAGCUUGAUGCAUACUUUGCUUGCUCUGUGUCGAAAGAGGUGAAUUAUGCAAGAUUAGAUAUGGUUUCGGAGUUGCAUAUGUUUUACUUGGCCUCAAAGUAUUAUAUAUUUGGUUUCGAUUCGCCUUGUGGCCUUGGUGGCUCUUUCAAGUCUGGCAAAUCAAUUUGGAUUUUUGAUUCUGCUAGCUGUUCAAACCAACUAGAAUCAAGAUCAUUUCUUGGGAGACAGCUGGUCUUCAAACGGUUGUUUUUGUGCCUCUUAAAGCCGGAGUUGUUGAGCUUGGUUCCGUGGAAACAGUGCCAGAAGACCAGGGUGUUUUGGAUUUGGUCAGGACAGCAUUUGGUGCGAGUAAGUUGCCCCUUAGAUCUCCACCCGAUUUCCAGAGUCAUUAAGACAUUACAGGAGCAUCAAAUCAUGGCUCCAGAGUCAGGUGUUUCAACAUCGGAGGGAAAGAUGAUUCAUACAUUCUCCAUAAGAGCGCAGGGCAGCAAGGCUGCUGCAAUACAAUUGAAGGAAAAUCUUGAAGCAUCCUUAUCCAAAAACUGAUAAGUUUUCAAAAAAAAUUAUAUAUUUAUCAUGUGGCAUGUUAAUGCAAUGCAACAAUGUUAUUGUUAGGUAUAUACUUGUGGCUCUCUUUGAACUGAUUUGUAAUCAGUGACCUGAAUUAUGUAUUUACUUAAGAUAAAUAGCAUGAAUUGAAUUAAAUUGAAUCUUCCCUUUAUUUUUCACUUGUUCAGCUAACAAAUUUUGGAUUAAAUGUUGUUUGUGGUCAUUGUUUCGCUCAGUCAUGGAGGUGAUUCACUUUCCUCCACCAUU